ACCAUAUAGGAAAUGAAGAGCAAGAACAAAGAAGAUAAAAGAAAGGAAAACCUAACCGAGAUUCAUCCCAUAGAUAAAUAAAUAGAUAGAUGCUAGGACACACAAAAAAUAAAAACGCCGUAUCGUUUCAUUUCACCCGUCUAAAGUCGUUUGGGAAACGGAACGGAUCCCAAUCUUCCGUUUCUAGACAUUUCUGGCUGUAUUGUAGGCCGUUGAGGUUUGCUUUUAUUGUGGAUUCAUUUUUUUUGGCCGUCUUCUCAUUCCGCUGGGUGGGCUGGAUGGAAGGGGGUCCUCCGGGAGGGAUUGUGGGGAGAAAGCGAGGAAAGGGAGGUAUUGUAUUAUGGAGGUGUGCAUUUCUCCAUCAGAUUGGGGUCGGGGUAGGUUGGGUAGGGGGGUGGUGGGGUGUAUAAUACAAACUCAGACGUGCCAUGAGUCAGGUUUGGGUAUCAUGAGAACAAAGACAGAAAGAGAUCAAAAAUGAGAAGAA